CGGCGACUAUUGAUGAUGUCAUCGAGUGGAAGUGACGUCCGAAUUAGAAGACAAUAUUUUUCUUUAUCUCUCCGUUUGGAGGACUAAAUGUAAUUUGGAACUCGGAUUCGGCUUAAGAGUCCCAGCGACUGCGACAAUGGACUUUCAAAAAUAAAAUAGUCAACGAAGAAGUUUGUCGAAUAAGACGUAUAGGAUUCCUCCACCUAUACACCAAAAAUAUAUUCCCCAUCGGAGUGGUGGGGAUGUGUCACCUGAAUAUCUAGGAAAGUCACACCGGAUUAUAAGGUGCAUUAACCCUCUAACACCGGAGCUGUGUCUCCAGUGUUUACAUUCUUGUGACAAAUGUAAACACUCAGAAUGCCUAAAGGGGCCAUGAGGCAGGUGAUUGGUCAGAAGGGUCGAUGGGAAGUUUUCUAGUGAACUGUGUUGUUUUUCGCGUUUUUUUCUUUCAUUAGCUUUUACAGAAAGUUCAACAUGACAGAUAAGUCAAAAUUAUCAAUAACUCUCAACAAUGUUCAGUUGUAACACAUCAAAUACAAAAUAAUACUUUUUCACUUCGCUAUGUUGAAGCACAGAACAUAUCCCUCAGCCAGACUCCUGACUACAUUACCCAUAAUGCUCCAACAAUCUGUCUUUUUCAUCUUAUUUUUACCAAGGUCGGACUAAAGCAUUUGAACAGAUUUUUGAGCAUUGUGUACCACAGAAAGUUAAUUCCAGCUCAGUAAACACAAAGAGUUCAUACUUAAGGGACAUCGGAUUAUAUGCAGUAUGUUGUUCAUUUUUGAGAAAAUGAUAAGGUUUUCGGUGCCCUUUGUGGUCAAGACAAAUGCUGUAUUUUUACUCUCUAGAAAAGUCAACUCAAAGAGACUGCCAGUAUAAAACAGGAGGUCAGACCGCAUUCAUCAAACACCGGGAGCAUCAAUCAGUAAUGCUGUUCCUAAUGUACACGUAAUAGAGAUUUGAUCUCCUUUCAAAUUUUGGACUGGUUUCCUUCAAAGAGAGCAAUAAGCCAGGCUAAAAAGCGACAUGACUAACCAGGAACUUCAAUGCAAAAAAGAUGUGAAGAGUCUCGGCACUCGAGCGCACUGUGAAAACAGACGACUGUGACGAGCUAAUUGGCUCUUGUAGCUGAAGGAGCCCGCCUUAUUGACACUUCACUAACACAGAGUGAGUUGCAGUGUUCUGCUCAUUCAUUCGGACUGAAUAAUAGAGACGCAGGGGUGGAAAACGAGCAGGGAGCCCAGGACGCAGAACCCUUCAGGUGAUCAGUGCUUUUUUUUUUUUCCCAGAAGGACUUGCACUGGCUCAGUGAAUGAAUCAGAAAUGAAGUGAAUCAUCAUCACUGGAAGCUGCUCGGAGCUCAGCGGGGGCCACGGCUAUUGUUUCUGCAGGCCCUUGUUCUGUUCUGUUGGUUCUCCUCCAGUUGGACCGCUUUAACUCCCAUGGAUUCCGCGUCCAACGGAGAGCGGCUUUUUUUUUUUUUUUUGGUGGAUAAUUUGCAUCUUUUUUUUCUGUGCUGUCAUCAUAUAAUGAGGUUUGAAGGCGGUGCUGAGUGGUAGGUGGUGUUGGUAGUGGGGGUGGGGGAGCCUGGGGCUGGGCUAAUCAAAGCAGCAUUGCUUGUUUCAAUGGCCCAGAGGCGUGACUAACAUGGAGGAGCAGGAUCCGGCGCUCCUCUGGCGCCCGUGAAGGAAGUGCAGGAGAUGCGCCACAUGACGAUCACCUACAGCCCACGCUUGGCCCCGCUCUUGUUCGGGGGGUGCAGACAUAAGCACCAUCUUCAUUUUAUUUUUAGGUGGACGGGGGGGAGUUCUGACAGAACCCAAAGCUAAGCAGAGACAGUGAAGUGGCAUAAAAUACAAAUGAAAUAUCACCUCGAUCAUCUAUUUAUUUAUUUUCAAAGCGUUCCCAGUGGUCUUGUAAUUUUGAACAUGCUGUCUUUAGCCUAAAUCUAAAAACCGGAGUCAUUCUCUAGGACAGUUUCUAGUGGCAGAGUGGCAGUAGUUCAUUUUAAAAUUCACCUACGAGUUGUGGGCAGAACUGUUGGCACGGAACAGACAAUAACUAAAUAACAUAACAUAAACCAAUAACUGAGAGCUGUCUAUAUACACUCUCUCCCGCUAGUUAACCCCAACCUGACAAGUGCAACAAAAGUGGCGAGCAAUACCUGAGCUAUCCAGGUGUACAGUUUUGAGCCAAAAGAAUGAAAGGAUAAAGUUUUAUUUCUAUAGCACUAUACAACACCAUCAGAGUACUAAAGACUAUUUUAAAUUGAGCAGAUUAGAAAACAAAAUGUAAUAAACAGCAUUAAAUUAACAAAAAAAAAAUCAAUUACAUAUACAUAAUAAUUCAAUAAAAGGAGUAAAAUAAAAUCAGAUGACACCAACUGCUAAGUAUUUAAAGCCAGGUACGUUUUUAGUUGACGUUUAAAAACUGUUUAGAUCUGAUGUCAUGCACAGUUCUGCAGGAAUAUUAUUACAUAAUGGAAAAUUCAUGAUCAUGCCAGCUUGGUCCAGAAACAUUUAGAUGUACAUGAAGCGGAUUCAUCAAGGAGCAGGUGGAUUGCCGAUUGUAACUUCUACGUCACAUCUGCAAAAUAAAAAAAAAAUAAAAAAAAUCCAACUGCAUUUAUUCCCGUGCUUCUGAUUCAUAAUAAUUUGAACAAAAUAAAUUGCCAGAAAAGCUACUUUUAGAUGAAUUUUCUCGAUCCAUGUUCAUCAUGGGAAAAAUACAAAAAUGUGUGAAAGAAAAAAAAAUAUAACCUCGUGCGCAUUUUUAGGGGGAAGCAAUAGAGUAUGGCUAUGCUGCAAAUGGCAAGAGCUGGAUGGAACUAAAUGAUGGAGGAAAAACGAGGGGGAAAGACCCACAAAGACAGGAAAGUGACUGAACGAUGGAGCAGCAGUCGUUCGGGGAGAGCGCGUGAGGUGGGGAGGAAAAUACGCGAGAGGAAGAGGAGAGAGAGUGCAAAGAGAGAGAGAGGAGGAGGAGGAGGGGAGCCUGCGUGGAGAGUGGGUUGGCAGAGUGUGCCUUCUCUUUUCCAGCAGCGGGAGAAAUGCGCGUAAUGCGCCGCGGAGAGCGCUGAUCAGCAUCCGCGCGCCGUGCGCACUCCAAGAGCGAGACUCGCCGCGGGGGCGCAGCGGAGCGAAGCUCACACACUCCUGUAAGAGGGGGGGAAAUGCCAGCCGUUCCGCUAGUGACUGGGAGUUAAUCUGCCACUUGGAGCGACUCUGGCGCACCAAAAGCGCGCGCGCAUACCUGGUCUUUUUUAUUUUUUAUUUUAUUUUUUGGGGGUCCAUUUUUCGGGAUCGGAGUUCUCCUCUUCGUGCUUGAAACUGGACUAUCAACUGAGCAAUGAAUGAAAAGGCUUACAGGGAAGGAGUCCGUGCGCGUGUGUGAGCCUGAGGUUGCGUGGAGAGUCCCCCUUCCACGGCCGUGUCGGUCCGCCUGGAAAAAAAAAAAACUCCAAAAAAACCCUUCCCUCCCUCCCUGUAGCCGAGGAUGCAGCUGCUCAGAGUUGCGUGGGCUCUAACCGGAGCGGCGAUCUGCUGCUUCCUCAUUCUGCUCAUCCACUCUCGUCUCCUUCAAGAAGGCCAGCUGGCAGCGGGGACGUGCGAGAUUGUGACGUUGGACAGGGACAGCAGCCAACCGCGGAGAACCAUCGCCAGGCAGACGGCCCGCUGCGCUUGUAAGAAGGGCCAGAUCGCUGGGACAACGAGAGCCAGGCCCGCCUGCGUGGAUGCUGGCAUUGUUCGGAAGAAGCAGUGGUGUGAGAUGGUGCCGUGUUUGGAGGACGAGGGCUGUGACCUGUUAGUCAAUAAAUCUGGAUGGACUUGUACACAGCCCGGAGGUCGAGUCAAAACCACCACGGCUCUAUGACGCGACAAGAGUCCCCCUCAACAUUCUUGCACUGUGGAAAGAAUUGAUGACCCCUUGACAGACAGCCAAAAUCCACCUACCAACACCACCACCAUCACAGCAGCUCCAUCAACACCCCUUGGUGCCACAAAGACACGAAGAAACACGAGCAGCUUACCGACACCCAAAGCUUCAUGAAAGCAACAAGGUUUCGUAACAGUCAGAAAUGGGAACUCUGGGAAGUUGACUGUGUGAUGGCUGCAAACCCAUCUAUGGAUUGUUGACAAACUGGCAAUGAAACACUUCUCCUCUCGUGGGGUCGGCCUGUCCGCAUUUCUGACCUCCCUGUCCCCCUCCGCUGUCUGUCCUUGGGUCAACCUAUCCACCUCCUCGCCACUGCAUUUGCCUGCUCUGUGAAAUUAGCAGCAACCUGCUCACGCCACGGAGGGUUGGACUUCUUAAGUCCUUUGAAUGGUUUUUGCCAUUGAAAGCCCAGUUCUGCGAGCUGCUAGCAACAUUAAACCUAAAGAAGUCCCUACAUCUCUUUGGUGCAGGAGUUGGGGAACGUCGAUGGGAUCUCUGUCGCUUCUUGGACCUGAUAAGGCCAUUAGGAAGUGAGUGCUCUCUGCUGUGAAUAGGCCUUCUGCUGGAGUAAACCCCCCAUAUUUUUAUAGACCAAAGAACAAAACAGUUCAGUCUGACAGAGAGAGACGCAUCCGGUGAAAAUGCUCUUCACUUGUUGCCACCAACCAACCACUUUCCCCACCGACGUUUGGUGCACAAGUGGACCGAUGCAAACUCAACUUUUUCCAACCCGUGGCAGACUAAGUGUACACAGACACUGGAGUACCUUCAAAACUUUAUGGAUCUUUUUUUUUUUCCCUUUCAGACUAAAUCCACCUCUGUAUUUUGGAACUGGAAAUAUACAUACAACAUACAUAUUACUGUGUAUUGAAAAAAGAAAUCUGAUUUGCAUUUUUAAGUAGGUCUGAACAGUUAGCUGGAGGAACUGUCAGGUAGAUCGCAAAAGAAGAAAGAAAUUGCAUCACAGACGUGAAAGUUACCUAUAGAGAGUAUAGAUGGGUGGAAAAGGGGAUGGGAAAGAGAAAUGUCAGUAAAUGUAUUUUGAGAGGCCCUAAAAAGUUAUAUAUUUAACAGUUUUAUAUGUUGUACCUUUGUAGAGAAGCUUACUGGACUUAUAAUGUGGUCACAAUGGCAGUUUAAUAGGAUGUGAACAAAUGCUGUCGUCCUCAUUACUACUGGCUCGUAGUCUCCGGUUUUCUGUUCACACCUCGGUAGCUGCUUUCUUUUCAUGGUCAUCUUCGACUCGAUCAAAACCAUUCAUGGGGGAAAAAAAGAAAAAAGGGGGGGGGAAAGUGACACAAUUUUAUCAAGGACUGAUCUGCAGAUCAUUGUAAAUCUAUGGUAGUCAGUGGAAGCCAUUGAAAUCUGCUAAUUUGCUAUGAUAUUGUAUUGUACAAGGUGUGGAAUACUGAACCAUUUCCUCUCUAUGGGUUUUGAUCUCUUAAUUUAUUUUUUCUGUGCUCGUGAGUCGUUUGCACAAAUCGUCGAUGGCGAUGGAGACAAAGUGUGGAGAGAGGACACCAGAGGAAAGAAGAGGGAGCUCUGUGGAAGAAAUCAUAUACAUACAUUUUUUUUUAUCAUGACAUAUUUUAAGAAUAAAUCAAAUACAUGAAAA